CGCUGUAGAGCAUGCCGCCGCACAUGUGCUCAACCACCAGGUCCAACAACAUCAUGGCAGUGGACUAUCUCACAAACAGAUGAGCCAGCAGAAGGUUCUCUUGAUAGAGCCAAACCUACUUAUAACCUUACAGCUAAGUAUUUCUAGUAGGCGAUAUUAAUUUACGGACUGAUUAGCGUUCUGAAACUUGUUUACAAUCGACACCAGUCCGUAUCUGUUUGUGUGGUAAAAAUACCGCGAUACGUGUUGGUUGGUUGGAACACUAACAAUAACAAGUAAUACGACCGAAAAUAUUGAUUCAAGUGUUGCGUUAAAUAUAGCUUAUCCGAGCGGUGUAUUUUUUGCCCUGCAUGUUUAUACUGAUUUGUAUUGCCCGCGGACUAUCGACACAUCCCCUUUCGAGAGGGGAUGGAUUUUGAUGUAAUCCUGAAGGAUAUUGGAGAAUUCGGUCGUUAUCAAAAAUUGUUGUUUGUUUUUGUAAUACUGCCGGCCUGUUUACCAGGAGGAUUUCACGGUUUCUCCCAGCUAUUUUCCGUUGGGACUCCAGAAAACUACUCCUGCCACAUCCCGAUAAAUAACACCUUGUACAACUUUUCAAUCUUCUACCAGCAGUCUUUCAUCCCUCCACUGGACAAUGGCGAACCGAGCAAGUGCGACAUGUACGACGUGGACUACAGCAAUGCCACCCAGCUGUAUACUUUUCAGCCAAACCAUACGCGCACGAUAGCGUGCCAGUAUGGGUGGGAUUAUGAUACGUCGGUGUACAAGAAGACCGCGGCGACAGAAUGGAAUUUGGUUUGUGCGAGGGACUUCUUCCCCACGCUGUCCAUCGAGAUCCACACUCUGGGGACACUAUUCGGAUCAUUACUGUUCGGGUAUCUGGGUGACCGACUCGGCCGGAAGAAAGCCUUCUACAUUGCCGCUAUGCUACAGCUUAUCAGCGGUCUGGUGACCAUUGCAGCGCCAAAUUUUAUCGUCUUCUGUUGUAUCCGUUUCGUUAAUGGCAUAACUAUUGUACCGGUGUGGAUUCUGCCGUUAAUCAUGGGAUUGGAACUGAUCGGGCCGACGAAGCGCGCUCCCGUCGGCGUGACCAUGUCUGUAUUCUACACUCUCGGGGUGGUUGGCUUAGCGACAGUGGCGUUUUUUAUACGCGACUGGAUACCACUGCAACUGACGGUGACAUUACCGUUUUCGAUUUUUGUGUUCUGGUGGUGGCUCUUGCCGGAGUCGCCGCGAUGGUUGAUGUCGCAGGGGCGUUUCGAUGAGAUGAUGGUCAUUGUGCGGAAGAUUGCCAAGGUGAACGGUGUGGUUCUGAUGGAGAAACAGAUCGAUAAAUGGCAAGACCGGUGUCGAGUAGCGUACGAAGAAGAGCAAGCACAGAGGCGGUAUAAUCUGCUGGAUCUUUUCCGAACACCAAACCUGCGGAUGAAAACUAUUCUAGUGGUCUUUAAUUCGUUUAGUAAUUACGCUGUGUACAAUGGAUUAAAUUUCUUUGUCCCGCAUCUGGGUGACGAACAUGUGAGUUUCUUGCUGAGUGCCUUGGUCGAAUUACCUUCCUACCUGAUUUUAUACCUGACCCUCAACCGUUUUGGCCGCCGUGUGAUUUUAAUGUCCACCAUGGUGACCGGUGGCAUAUUCAGUAUUAUUGCUGCGACAAUGAUGACCACGGCCAAUCAGAUCGUCCUAGUUAUCUUUUUCUUAAUGUCCAAAUUUUGUAUUACAUGUUCGUUUUUCGUGACGGACUUGGUGGCCUCCGAAUUGUUUCCGACAGUUGUCCGCGGUGCCGGUGCAUCGCUUACGCAGACGGUGUCGGCGGUGGGAUUGUGUAUCAGUCCGAUUAUCUCCCAUUUAGCGAAACAUUACAUUUUCGUGCCAUUGAUUAUUUUUGGCGUGUUAGCCAUUGUUGGAGGUGGAACAACUUUGAUCCUUCCCGAGACGGCUAACACAAUGUUGCCCGAGACAUUGGAAGAGGGUGAAGCGUUCGGCAAGAACAUGACGUGGAAAGAACGACUGCGCUUUCUUCCUCAAAAGACACAGUCGACGGUGGUGCACAGGUCACCCAGCCUUUCUGAGGCGAGAGUGCUGCUCAAUGGCAAUCAUUUGGUUCCUGUGGAUGAUAAGGCAAUGCCUAUCCAGUGAUUUUUUGUAUCCCGGUUGCAUUACACAUUUACAUCUAUGUACGUGUGGUUUCUAAAUUUCUACCUGUCUUUGCACAAAAGUCGAUGAUUUGCUCACAGAUUUGUUAAGAGUAUUCGUGUACCUGUGUCGAGGAACUAAUGGUAACUAGAUAUGUACGGUAGUUAUCUUUUAUACUUCAAAAUAAACAAUAGAAAUAAUCUUUAAGGC